GGACUUCCUGUUUAGUUGCGGUUGGAUGGCAGGCAUCUACUGGGUUGACACGUAACUGAAGUUAAAGGUGCCAUGCAGGCCUCGGUGGCGAUUUCGGACUUGACUUUUUUUUUUUUUCCCCGUGAAACUUCUAUAGUUUGCGUCGUAGAAAAAAAACGUAAGGUUGGGCGAUUUUAGUUUGUCGUGCUACUUCUCGGCAAAUUGGCCCACAGUGGUCAAAGUGGAAAGCUGAGCGUCCACAAAUUUGAAAGAACGCCGCGAGUGUUACCGUCCCGAAAGGGAAUGUUUGCAUCAACUCGCUUCGUCCGCGUGAAAAUGUCUCUGGAGUGACCAGGGGUGGGGGUGGGAGCGACGUUUGCGAGUUGACUCGGUAAGUUUCCAGCGGCAGAGACGGAGCUUACUCGCAGGAGCGGCGGGGAGGGGCGCGGGUCCAACAUGGGAAACGGGGUGUGCUCGCGGAGGCAACGGAGAAUUUUCCAGUGCCUCUUGGUCGUCACCGUGGUCUGCGGGAUGAUGUACGGCGGCAUGGUGUCGUACGAGAUGCACAAGGACCUGAAGAGGACACAAGCCAUGGCGCUGAAAUACCAGCAGCACCAAGAGUCUCUGUCGGCUCAACUCCAAGUGGUGUACGAGCAUCGCUCAAGACUGGAGAAGUCUCUUCAGAAGGAGAGGUUAGAGCACAAAAAGGCCAAAGAAGAUUACAUGGUGUAUAAACUUGAGUCACAGCAGUCACUGAACAAGGAGAAGCAAGACUCCAGCAGCAAACUGAGCUCACUGCACGUGCAACAUCAAAUGCUGAAGAACCAGCACGAGGACCUGAAGAAGCAGUAUUACGAUCUGCAGGAGCAGCAUCAAAUGCAGGGAAACGAUCACAAUCGCCUGCUAGAUGAGCACAGAGAGCGCUAUGAAAAAAUGCAGCAGAUCAAAGACAAAGAGGUGGCCCAGCUGAAAGAUAAUGUAUAUAACCUCCGUGAGGAAAAUAAGCAGUUAAGGAAAGCCCAUCAUGACAUUCACAUGCAACUGCAGGAUGCUCAGGUGAGGCAUCAGGACCUGAAGACGGCACACGAUCAGAUCGCACUGACACUAGAAGACCACAAGAAUGCGCUAGCGGCUGCUCAGAUACAAGUAAAUGAAUACAAAGAGCUGAAAGAAUCCCUGAACAAGGCACCAGACUUCAGACUGCCCGAUCAAAACGCUUUGCUCCAGCAACCAGAUCCGAAGUCUCAGCAGGCAAACAAGGAGAUUCCUGUCCCGAAAGGAGAUAGCCAUGAUACUGAGUCCAGGUUGGACCAGCAAGUGGAGGAGGCGGCCCACGCCCAGUCCAAGGCCCAGUCACACCCGACGGUGUCACAGCACACUUUGUCAGAGGAAGGAGACGCAGAAAGAAAGAGAGAGCUGGCCGAGGAGGGGAUGGCCCAAGCAGGACAGCCUCAAAAGCUUGAGGAGGAGGACCUGGAUCAGCAGCUGGAGGACCAACGGGAAGAAGAGGAAGGCGAGUCAGAACUGGAGCAGCCAGAUGAGAACGCCUUGGACAGCCGAAUGCAUCAGCUGCAACAAAAGAAUGUUCAGGCACAGCGAGAGGCGCACAAUCAGUUGGAGAACGCCAAGUCUGCUUACGAGGAGCAGAAGGAGCAGCAGCGCCGGGAGGCUCAGAAGUCCGAAGAGCGCCGCCUAAUCCAGAUGCGACAGGAGAGCCUGCAGUCCCAGAGAGCGAGGGUGCUGAGGGAGAGGGAGGCCAAGUUGAAGGAGGAUCAGGAGAGGGAGGAGCAGCAGCAUCGGGAGGCAGACCGACGGGAGCAGCUGCUAAGAGAGGAGCAUCAAAGGAAAAAGGCUGAGUAUGAAAGGAUGGACCAUAACGUAGAUCAACAUAAACAAGAGCACCACUCCGACCACGAAAGAGAGGAACACUCACUCUUGUUACACGAUGACAUGAAGGUGCCACAUCAGGGUGCAAUCGGUGGUGGUGAGCUGGACCCUGAGGAUGACCCCAAUAACCAAGGAGAGGAUGAGUUCGAAGAAGCAGAGGAAGAUAAGUCACAUCACCGGGUUGCUGAGGAAGAAGAGGAAGAGGAGGAAGAGCCGGCAGCACACGCUCAGCACAUAGACUCACACCAAGGCCCUGAGCAUCCUGCAGUGGAAGAUGAGUUGGUGAUCGCUGGAAACCCGGAUCAGCAGGAAGACAAUCUAGACGACCAGUACAGAGAAGAAGCUGAAGAGGAGGCUCAGGAAGACGUUGCUGGUGGGGAGAAGAAGGCAGAGGACCAAGUUGAAGAGGAUGGAGAGGACACAUACAAUGAGGAAAACAUGGAACAGGGAGCACACAAAGAGGAGUCUCACGGCAAAGACAUUGAGGAAGACAACUACGAGGAAGACGAAGCUGAGGAUGAGGGGCCCGGUCGAGAGAAGGGAACCAUUCGACGGGCAGAGAUGUAAGACGGAAAUAAAACGCAGAGAUUCUUCUUCCUCGUCCCUAAAAAGGAAGCCAACAGCCAUCCAGUCAUUACUCCAAGAAGGACAAUUGGGAUAAGACGUCUGGAGAUGCAGUAAAAGGCUCGCGCCAGGACUGAUACGCUUUCACUGUGCAAUUGGACACAAUGUAAUGGGUGGGAAUGUUUUUUUUUUUUUUUUUUUUCCCCUAUGCUGUACAAUGUCGUCGUUGUUUUCAUAUUCACAGCUUCUCGGUUUUAAAUGCACACAUGCAAAGAAUGUACUUUCACCACGGUGACUGCGUAAAGUAAGAAAAGGUAAGUUAGUGUUCUUUGCAUUAAAAAAAAAAAGGCAACUUAAAUGUACAUCUGGGAUUCUAAUCAAUCAAGUGCUUUUUUUUUUAUUUAUUGUUGAUUGAUUGUGACACCUUUUGACAAUCAAACAAGGUGCAACUUAUAACGAAGUUUCUCACGCCAACGUGUGCCUUUGUAUUCCUACGACUGACUUAGUCAUUUUGCAUUUCUGAACCCACAAUAUGGAGAAGGUCAAAGUUAGCAUCUGAACUAGCAAAUUCUGCCUUACACAAUGUUCCCUAGGCAGUUAUUUCAACAAAUCCAUGCAAUUUUUUUAUUACAAUCUACAUUAAAUAUGUGCUAUUUAUAUUUUUCAAGUAUUUGAAACAAAUGUGGAAUUUAAUGAAUGUUUUGUCAACUGAAUCUUGUAUGUGGAAUAAAGAAGAUUUCAGUGA